AUGGGCCACUGCAUGCCUCACCCUCACUACCACGACGAGCACGUUGCCACCUCAAGCAGGACCACCAAGCGGAAGGGUACACGGGCAAGUGCCAGUGCGAGAUCACCGUCUUCCAGGAAGCCGGCGGCGAGGAAUGGAGACGGGAAGGAGAAAGAGUCACAGCGACGGCGUGAUGAUGAAAGUUGGUCGAUAAUCAACAUGUUCAUGAUGGAUAUUGCUCUUGGUGUCGUCUGA